AUGGGGGAUAAAGUGCCGUUUAAAGUUUAUGCUUACUGGAAAGACCAAACUAAACCUGAAGUCCGUAGGUUUGCAAUUGAAAAGUCUGUAGUGACUAGCUUCUGUUACCUUGAUGCUAAGCUUCAAGAUGUAUAUCCUAGUUUGAGGCAAAAACGUUACACUGUGUCCUGGAAAGAUGAAGAAGGUGAUGAUGUGACUAUUUCAUCUGAUGAUGAAAUGAUAAUUGCCUUAUCAUCAAUGAGUGAGAAUCUCAUGAAGCUUUAUGUCUAUUGCAAUGAUGAAGCACCAAAAGAGAUUGAGUGUGAUGUUGUGAUUACUGCUACAGCUGAUGAUGGUGCUGGAGACAGUAACUUACCUCACAGUGGUGUUGUUUGCGACAUCUGUGAUGCUCCAGUGGUAGGAUUCAGAUACAAAUGUACCUCAUGUGCUGAUUAUGACCUCUGCUCAAAAUGUGAGUCUGCUGGCCACCAUGCUGAGCACAUUAUGGUGCGUGUUCCCAUGCCUAAUAUGCCGCGUACUACUAUAAGAGCAGCUAUUAGAAGGUCGCGUCAUAUUAUGAAGGCAGUUGCGAGUUCUAUGGCAGAGCCGGAGUGCCCUUACAAAAGACAAAAGCGGGAUCGAAGCGCGGAUAAGAAACGUCAUCACAAUCAUUACGAAUCCAGCCGCGGAGAGCAUCAUCAUCGUCGCUCCCGCACUAGUUGGCUCGAAACUUUCGCCACUUAUAUGAACGAAUUUGCAAAUCUUGCUGGUGACAUUGAUACAGAAACCGACAAAACUAAAGACAAGGAGCCGAAGCCCAAUCAAACGGAGCCUCAAGAACAACCUAAGACAACUCGGAAUGCUCAAGUUCCACCUAAACAACCAGAACCAAGUACAUCUAAGGCUGAAAAUAUUCAAUGCCCAUUUUCUUUUGAUAAGGGUCAGGAAAAUAUUCAGAAACUGUUGAAAAUGGUUUAUGGUACUGAUUUAAACCAAUUGUUGUCGCAGCUUGCUGCAUCUCAUGCAAAUAAUGAUGAUAAUAACCAAGAAAAUAAUAAUAAGGAAUCUGAAGUUGACAAGGAGAGUGUUAAAUCUGAAGUAUCUUCUACUUCUAGUGAGCCUAAAAAUACCGUUAAGAAAGAUGAAUCUCCAGAGAAAGCUGAUGAUUGGACAGUCAUCAACAAAGAAAAAGAUCUAAUGGAUCCAGAUGUCAAACCUAGUGCACCAAUAGAACAACCAACAAAUAUUGGUUUUAACUUGCCUGAGGAAUUCCAAGAACGUGUUAAAAUCUCUGAUGGCCUGUAUCCUCCACUUCAUACUGCUUCUGCUGUGUUGAAUCCUAAAGAGCCUGAGCGUCCUAUUGCAUCACAAGAACCGGUUAAGCCACAAAUGACUGAGACUGCAAAGCAGAAGAUCUCUACUGCACAACAAUCUUCCAGCCAGCCCUGGACACAACCACAAGUGUCACAGCCAUCUCAGCCAAUACCAUGCUAUCAUGCUAAACCUCACAUAGAUGCUGCGAUAAAACACAUGCUGGCUAUGGGUUUCACUAAUGACGGCGGUUGGCUGACUCGGCUGCUUGAGAGCAAAGAUGGCAACAUUGCUGCUGUACUUGAUCUUCUCACUCCAGUUACUCCGAAGAAAUAA